GAUCAUCAAAGUGAAAGAAGGCGAUGAUGUUACUUUACCCUGUUCCCUCUGGAACAAGGACAUUCGGUCAACACAGUUUAUCUGGCAGAAAAUGUCUCAGAAUGAUGAAAGUCAGAUGGAGGUGUUCCUGUACGAUAAAGGCGAGCUUCCAGAUCAGAGUGAACAGUUCAAAGGUCGAGUCUCACAUUGUCCAUCUGGACUGAAACAUGGCGACGCCUCCAUAACCAUCAGAAAUAUAACGAGGGCUGACGGUGGAGUCUACAGAUGUAGUAUUCCAUUAAUUCGGAAACAUAAAAAAUUCCACAUUAAGCUUGUUGUUGAGCCAAAAGUCAUCAGAGUGGAAGAAGGCAGUGAUGUUAUUUUACCCUGUUCCCUCUGGACCAAGGAGGACCUUCGGUUAACACAGUUUGUCUGGCGUAAAACUGAUGAUGGUCAGGAGGUGUUCCUGUAUGAUAAAGGUCAUCUUUACAGUGAUGAGCGUCCAGGUCAGAGUGAGAAGUUCAAAGGUCGAGUCUCACAUUUUCCAGAUAAACUGGAACAAGGCGAUGCCUCCAUAAUCAUCAGAAAUAUGACGGGGGCUGACAGUGGAGAAUACAGAUGUAUUAUUCCAUUAAAUCAGAAACCUGAAAUGUUCUACAUUAAGCUUGAUGUUGGUUCAACUCCAGAGUCAGAUGAACUUCAUCCAUUAAUGAUAGAAUGAGGCUUUGAAAAUGUCUGUGUUGCUGGAAACAUUUAUUUAGUUUUCAGUUAUUUUAUGCUUGUGUUAUAUCACAAUGUAUAGGCUCAUUGAUUUAGUCUUGCAGUUCUAGUUGAUUGUGUAACUGUAAGACUUGUACAGUAUUCCUGUUCCAGAGGUGUGUAGAGCAGAGAGGACCAGAUCAACAUGAUGAUGUUCUUAUAAGUCUUGUCUUCUUGUAUUCAGACAUAAUUACAAUGUUUUCUGUGAUUGUGUGAAGUGUGAAAUAUUGUGUAAAAAAGGUCACUUCAUUUAAU